GCCAUCUAUCUGUGUUCUACGGACAACAGUUACGAAGGACGAUACUUGUCAAUAUGGCCAGUCGAUUGGAGGAGCCGGAGAAUGAACCGACUCAACGGCCAUCGACUUCUUAUUCCAACCUCGCCGAACUCUCUGCCCCAUUCCACAUUGAUCCAGCUCAACGAUCCUACAGACAUCAAUAUUCCAAUAUCUACUUUGUCCGACUCGUCGAGCUUCGUCCAAUAGUCGAGAGGAACGCUCAGGCGAGAUGGGGUGGCGUCAGAGGGAAACCUCCGCUGUUGCCUCGUAUCCUGAACCUGCAGAAGGGUCAGUUAUGUUAUAUUGUCGGUACUGUCUACUUGGAGAUGCCUCUCAAGCCAAACGUUCUUGAGGACAUGGCGAGAGACCACUGGAUAGCACCUCCGGCACCUCGAGCCAAAUUCUUCUCAGGUCAAGAUGCCGUUCACUUGGAGGACGAGAGUGGUCGAGUGAGACUGGUCGGAGAAGUGAUACGCAGAGAGAGGGAUAGGGAGAACGGUGGACUGGUGACCGGCAUCAUCAUGGCGGCUCUGGGAAUGGAGACCUCGGCGGGAGACUUUGAAGUUAUCGAUUUGUGCUUUGCUGGACUUCCGGAGCUGUACACACCUCAGGCAGGGCCGUCAAAUGGCGGUUCACAUACAAAAGGCAAGAGCAAGGCUGAUGCGAACGGGCAAGGUGAUACCGAUCACAGGAACGAGACUUGGAUCGCUAUCGUCUCCGGCUUGUCAGUGGGAUCUCAGGAAGCUCCCGCGGAUCUCAAGUCACAGCUGCUCGUCGAGUGGCUAUUGGGCGAAGAUGGCGGUCCUUUGGAUGGCGAGGCCGGGGAUCGUAUAGCCAGGUUGAUUCUGGCGGGCAAUUCGUUGAGUCAGCCUAUCCGAGGAGAGGACGACAAGAAGCCAAAACGCUUCAACUCGACAGCUAAACCCCUCUACACGAAUCAUCCCACCAAAACUCUCAGCGUUCUCCUCAAUGAUCUCUUAUCCUCCUCAUUACCCGUCACGAUGGUGCCAGGGCCCUCUGAUCCAGCUGGAGCGACCUUGCCGCAGCAACCACUACCAAAGGUCAUGUUCGGUGGUAAGAAAGCGGGAGGAUUAGAUUGCACCACGAACCCGACAUGGCUUGAAAUCGGUGGUCGGAGUCUGCUAGUGACUGGUGGACAGACUCUUGACGAUAUCUACAAAUAUGUCCCUAGCGAAGGCAGGUUAGGAAUGGCACAGAGGACGCUUGAAUGGCGUCAUGUUGCUCCGACAGCUCCAGAUACCCUCUGGGUCUAUCCCUUCCCUGAUGCCGAUCCGUUCAUCAUCCACAAACGUCCCGAGCUGUAUAUAAUCGGCAAUCAGCCAGAAUUCCAGACGACUGUAGUUGGAGACGAUUCUCCAACGCGUAUUAUCCUCGUUCCUAGCUUUGCAAAGACUGGACAAAUAGUCGUAUGCUGUCUGGAGACGCUGGAGACCAAGACCAUCGGAUUCGAGGUGCCAGACUGGGAGGGAGAGACCAAGACAAACGGGGAUUUGGAGGUCGAUGUCAAGAUGGAGUGAUGGCAGCAAGGCGACAUAAACAUAGCAUACAUUGCAUUAUACUAGUCUCGGC